AGUUUGUAUUUUAUUUGAAUGAAACGUCGUCUUGACAACCAAUUUUAGUGAGAAAAUGAAAUUUUCAAUUGUUAAAUAAUAUGAAUAUGUUAAAUUAUGGGUGAUAUUCACAAGAUUCCACCGCUCACAGCAGAAUCCAAGAACGUUCUUCCGGAUGUCGUACAUUCUCAACAGAUUCCCGCGGAAGGGACCGCGGUAACCGAUACAGAAGCAUCUCAAAUAGAUACGCCACACGAUGAAACAGGAACUCCAGUCAUUAAAGAAGAUGACAGUCAAACGGAGUCUAUAUCGGAACAUAUUCCCUCCAAACUGGAGUAUUCCAUUACUGAGUCGGAUAACGCCGGCGCGGCGCAGUCAGGGCUGCUCCAAGUGGGACAGCAUGACACAGAUCCAUCCCGCAAUAGCUCUUUAAACAUGCCUCUUCCCUCCCCUAGUGACAACCCUAGCACACAAGACCCAAGCAAAAGCACCUCAUGGCCUGACCCUAAGUCAACAGACAUUCAUCACAUAAGUGAAGAAAGUCCAGUCAAUUUAGCAUCUGAAUCGGUAUCCAAAGACACUCAUGCAACGCAACAGGCUGAAGAGAAAUCUCAACAUGAAAAAUCACAAGAAUCUCCACGAAGUGACAAAUAUCUUGACUCACUUAACGAAGAAACAUAUCCUAAGUCAAAUGCCUCAGAGGAUGAAAAAGAGGUUGAAAAACAGAGUCAUUCUCUAUCACCACCAUUAUCAUUAUCCGUAGGGGAAGAUUCACUAAAACAAGCAAGUUCAGGCUCAGAAGAGAUUAUAAAGUUAGAUAUCAGAGGUCACAGUGCUCGUAAAUUUCCUCUCUCGGCUGCAAAGAUUAUCUUUGGGCCUCCACCGGAUGGCAGUCACUUAGUUGACGAAGAUGUUCAGCCCUUACCAGUAUUCCAGACCCUUAUGUCCCCUUUCCUUGUUGGUGCCGGGGAAAUGAAGGUUGAAGAGCUAUUUGAUGAGAGAGAAUCUCAAGUGGAAAUCGAGAAAGACAGUUUGUCAAGUAUAGACAAAAUUGAGCAAAGCGACUUGUUAGUAGAAGAGGUUGUCAUAGAUGAUACAAAAGAAAAGUUGCAGGAUGAGUCUAUGCCCAGUAUGCCGCAACCAAAGUCGUUGGCUGACACCAUGUCUUUUAGCACAAUGACGACAGACUACAAGACGAUAUGCGAAGAGUUCCAAGCUAAGCUUGUGCAUUUGGAGUCAGCUAUCACGAAGCGCGACGCACUAAUCGAGGAACUCACCGUUACCUUACAGCGCUCGAUCCGCGAACGCGACGCACUGGCCCUCGAGAACCAACACCUUUGCCAUGAAAUGACUCAACGGGAAAACUCUGAACAUGACACUAUUAAACAACAACUAUCAGACUAUGCUAAAUAUGAAAGCAUGCUCAAAGAAGACACUAAGUAUUAUUCAGCUUUAAUGAGUAGCGGUUCAUCAGCUAAAAGUUCAAAUGGAGAAAAAGAUAAUGACAGAGAAGAAAUGACGGUCAACUAUUCGAAAUCCGACUUGAAAUCUGACUCAGAUGAUUUCCAAGGUUUUGAAACUAAGUUAAAUGAAGUUAUAAAUAGAUUUGAUGAGAGUAUUGAAGAGAAUUUAAGGAAUAAGAUUAGAGAGAGUCUUAUUCAAGUUUUAUGUGAUGAAAUUGCUCGAAUAAGGAUAGAAUCUGAUACUGAUGUUAAAGAAUUAGAAACACAGUUACGACAAGACAAGCAUGCUUUCAAUGUGGAGACGAGGCGUUUGAGGGAGCUGCUAGCUUCUGUCAAAGCUGGUAAUGCUGAUAUUGACGAGUUGAGAGAGGAGCUUGACCGCAAACAUGAGAAGGAGAUGGAGAAUCUCAGGAUGUAUUUCGAGAAGAAAUGCUCGGACAUGGAGAGAAGCUACUCCGAAGAAGUGUACCGCGGUCGCGCCUGCGCGUCGCCGCAAUCUGCGUCAUCUCUGGAGGCCCCCAACGAGGCGGGGGACUAUCUUCGCAGGAGGACGAGAAGUGCUGACCUACCAUCGCUUACCAACGAGAUGCCGCCACUAGAGUUCGCAGUGAAGCAGGCGAACAGACGGGCAGACAUACAACAACUAGAAGAUAUAAAGGCGGAGCACGCGGCGCUUGUGAAAGAAAUGCAGGAUCAGUACCGGCUCACUGUCACUGCUUUACAAGAACAGAUCAACCAGUUAAAAGCGCACGUGCAAACCGCUGAAAACACAGAAUCGAACGUCUCGCUCUAUCAACAAGACAUCGACUUGGAGCUAGAAAAGGACGCCGAGUUCGAGAAGCGACUCGAGGAGGCCAAGCAGGAAGUUAUUCAGCAUCUACAGGAGCAGAUACAGGUGCUGCUUUCGGACCCGGACGCGGAGCUUUCCAGCUGGCCGCUGGAACUGGUGGCGCUGCGAGACAAAAUACACGACGCGAGGCCUGAGAAAGAGUUGUCGAGCCUGCGCGAGGAGGCCGGCGAGGCGGACAAAUGGAAGCAGCGGCGCCACACCACCUUCGACCAGAACAGGCACCUUGAGGAGGUCACUAAGGAAAGGGACAGCUUCAAACGCGUAGCCACAAGCCUGCAGCGUAUCGUCGGUCAGCUGGUAGCGUACUGCGCGGCCGCGGAGGAUGAGCUCAACCGCACCGUGCUCGCCGAGCUGCUCUCGCGUUUGCUGCCUGAGGCGUCACUAAUCGAAGAACCCCGCCCGUCCACGCCCAAUCUCGACGUAACCCUAGCGCGCAGCAAACACGUUCACUUCGCACCAGAUUUAUCUGUCCUCGCAGAUUUAGACUCUGAAGGUGUUGCUGGCUUUCUCCAGGAGCAGAGGGACGUUAGCAUCGAUAUCAAGAGGGAAUUGGAACUCAGCUUGAGAAGAUUGAGAGAGGAAGCACAAGAAUUGUUGGAAACUGCUGCAAGAGUUAAAGGAAAGUCGCCCAUGCUGGAAUCCAGCCAGGUGCAGAUCACGGAACUUGUAGAAGAGCUGGACUCGAGGCAUAACAGCUGCGAAAAUUGCGAACUUCACAGGAAGAACAUGGAGGAGGCAAUGAUGGAAUGCCUGCAGCGCGAGAAUCUUCUGCGUUCGGAUCUGGAAGCCGCACUUAUAAAAGUCGCACAACUCAUGCAGUCCGAGAGACACUCGUGUGAUCUCGUCGUAGAAGGGUACGGCACGGGGCAGCACCACCAGACGCCGUCGCUGCCGGUGCGAGCUCCCCCUCGCCGCGCGCCGGACUCGGGCUCCGUGUCGCUGGACGGCUCCUCGCCGAGGGUGCUGCGCGCCGGCUACGACGCGCUGCACCGGGAGAGAGAUGACUUGCAGCAGCAGCUGGAGGCAGCCAACCGCCAGCUUCGUUCCACUCGCUCAUUCGUGGAAGAACAAGCCGCAGAAAGAGAGGUGGAACGAGACGAGUUUGCGAGAAGACUGGACGCCAUGCGCGAUGAAAACAAUAGACUCACGUCGCGGUUACAGACCAACGCUACUAUACUCAAUGAGGUGGAACAGCUGGAAGCCCAAACCCGCGAGAUGAACACCCUGAUCCAAGACCUGGAGUCCCGCAAGGCUGCCGCCGACGAAGAGCUGAAGGUCACCAAUGAGAAGAUAUUGCUGCUGCGCGAUAUCAUCGCCAACCUGGAGAACCAGCUGGAGCAGAAGACGGCUCAUGAGGCUGUCAUUUUAGAACAGUUGAAAGAAAUGAGGAAAACAAUAGACGAGCGAGACAACAAGAUGCGCGGGUUGCUGGGAGAGCUCGAGUCACUGAGGAGCGAAAGAGCAGAACUCAGUGAGGCUGUCUCUGUCGGUGACAACGACGAUCGGGCCGAGGAGCUCAUGGAGAGAAUUAAGGAGCAGAGCCGAUGGCUCGAAGAGAAACUCCACCGGCGCACACGCCGACUGGAGCGAGUUCACGAGACCUGCUCCGCGCCGUGCAGCGAGCCUAGCGAGGACGUGUCGCUACGAGAUCGACAAGGUCCAAGAGAGGCCAUAUCGCCCGGAGAUGCAAGCCCGCGCUGGCCGGGCAUGCCGGAACUUCUUGGGGUUUUUGAGGCCGUGGAAGCUCUGUCUAGGGCCGAAGAUGCGGCGUUGAAACGUAUCGCGGAUUUGGACAUGCAACGAGCUCAACUCACUGAUGUAGCGCAGGAGGUACGCGCCGAGCGCGAUGUGCUCCAAGCGCGCAUGUCCGAGCAGGCGCUCAAGAUAUCCUCGCUGUCAGCGCGGCUCGAGACUCAGCGGAACAACGCCGAGGCGCUCGCGCACCAGGCGGCCCACCAGCUGACGGUCAGCCUGCACGACGCCUUAGCAGAGGUACAACGGCUAAAGGAGGAGUUGGAAUCAAAAGACAAGCAGUUAAUACGAGCUAAACAGAACUUAGAAGAGAAAGAAAAGCUGAACGAGCGGCACCAAGCGUUAUAUGGAAACUCAUGUAACCCGAAAGACAAGGUGAUCAUCCUCGAACGCGAGCUGUCCGCAGCUCAAACCCGCAUCGGUCAGCUAGAAGCUUUAGCCAAGAGUCUAGAACAGGAUAAAGAUGAGCUGCAGGCAAGCUUGCGCGACCACCAACGCGCGCUGGCCGAGAGAGAGGAGCAGCUACAGGAGAUCAUGGCACUCAAACUGGACGACGACCAAAAAGAUGACGAACCAGAGGGAAAAGCCUCCGCCAGAACCCUCAGCGACAUAGUGUCCAUCUCGGAAUUCGACGAGCAGGACCUCCAGAUGCGUCGCGCCGAACUGAAAGCCCAAAACCUCAGCCUCUCUGGCAUCCCCUACGCUGAUAACAGAGACAAAACACAGAACAGGACUCUACCCCCUGACGUAUCCAAGCCUAACAUGAGCUCAUUAAACUUAGACUUUAUCGACCACUUCGAUCUACCCAGCUUCACACCAAGAGCUGAAUCUCUACCUCUAACCUCCACUCAGAAUAAGGACAGGUUUAAGAGAAACGUUAAUGAGACGACAGUAUUCGGCACUGCGGAGAAAUUCGAAAAUGUGAAACAUUCUACAGCUCAAAACAUAGCUGAUAACUGUUCUUUAUAUCCUAAUAGAGAGGUAGAUGAUAGUAAAGAUGUCAGCGUUGCUCCGAAGAAGAUUGACUUCUCGGCCGAGCCUUCACAAGAGAAUAGGAGUCAUGAUGAAGAGUUUACUUCACUAAGAGAACUUGGUAUCACACUUGAUAUAAGACAGGAGAAUUUCCCAGACAUAUUGACUCAGUUGAAACACGAGAUUAAGAAGUCUAGAAGCGAACUUGACACAUGCAAAUCCGAGUUGAAAAACGCCGAGGAACAGUUAUGUGAGUUCCCAGCUCUGAAAGAAGAGGUAGAAGAGCUGAAAGGCUUGCUAGAAAAUACUAUGACUACUAUGGAGAAUGAUAAGAAGUUCUAUGAAAAUCAACUAGAACAUUUCUCUUCAAAUAAAACUCUGUUAGAGCAAAGAGUGAAUGAACUAACGCAAGAAGUCAAUGAGAAAUCAAAAGAUUUACACCUGCUUAAAGAAGACAUUCUAAGGAGAGAAAAUAUGAUACUAGAACUAGCUAAAGAAAAGCGUAAUUUAACCAAUAAAUUGACUGAACUAGAAGUUAAAAUUGACGAAAUACAGAGCAGAAAUAAUUCUCUAGAAAAAUGCGAAUCUGAGAACAGAAUUUUAAAAGAGAAGAUCUCUGAACUUCAAAAACUAGAACAGUUAGUAUCUGAGAAGAAUCAACAAAUUGACAGUUUAAAUCAACAUUUAGAUAGAUUAGACGACAUGCAGAGACGCCUUAACGACAAAACGGAAGAACUAGACAACUUAAAAGAGGCGUUUGAAGAGAAAUCAAACGAACUAUUCAGACUACAAGAUACCAUUGACGCUCAACAUCGUGACAUCGACAAAAUCAACGAAGAAAACAACAACCUUAAUGUAUCCAACAAAGAGCUAAAACUGAAACUAACUAAACUAGAAAAAGAACAAGAGAACGCGUCACUUAAACUACAAAACAGCGAAACUGAACUAGAAAGAGUGAACUCUCUAAACAACGAAUUAACAUCGAAAAUAGAUGAGCUAAAAGAUCUAACAGACAAACUUAAAGAUAAAGAAACAGAGAUAGAUAUAUUAAAUGAAGACAUUAAUUCUUACCAUGAAGAGAUAGCGUCUUUAAAGGAACAGAUGAAGAUGGUGUCUCGAAGUCCGUCACCAAAGAGUAAGAGUGAGAAAGGGACGGACAGACAGGCGAGCAACGAUAAAAAGCAGUUGGCGAAGAUUAGGAAGCAGAUAUCGCUGCUGCAGCAUGAGUUGGACUUUAACAGGAAGGAACUCAAUGAUAAGGCCUUCGAACUAGCCAAAGCCAAGCUAGACGUCACAGAGCUUCGCAACAGUCUAUCACAAGCCACGAAGCAAGCAGCCGACGGAGAAGAAUUCAAACAACAGGCGGAGACGAUGAGGGCAGAAAGGGACAGAUUAGCCGAGCAGCUACAAGCAGUUUCCGAGAGAAUACGGGAAGAAUCUGACGUGUCGGAGCUGAAGAUGAAACUACAUGAGAAGGCUGAGAAAUGCCAGGACUUGGAGGCGGAGGUCCAAGACUUAAGAGAUCUAGUAGACAGACUACGCGAAACCGGACAACAAUGUUCAUCGGAGCAACGCGCACUGGUCGUGAGCGGGACGAGGUCUCCCACUGCGGAACUGGAACGCGCUCUGCGAGACCAACUCGACUAUUCUCAUCAACUUGAUCAGGACAUUAUGGAACAGAUUCUAUCAGGGAGUAGCGACGAACACGAAGACAUUCCAAGACUCGCUUUGAAUUCUUCAAAAUCAUCGAGCUCGAUCCACUCGACAUCUUCAGACCGCAUGAACCGUCUCAAGUCCGAGAACGACAAGCUGGUCAUGCAGGUCAACAUCCUGGAAGCGAGGCUCAAGGACAAGGACGCUCUCAUCACGGAACUCAACAGAAUACGUGACAAGCUAGUGCAGGACUGGCAGGCGGCCAAACUACGCCUGCAGGCAGAAAAGGACAACUGCGGGCGCCUGCAGUUGCUGCUGCUCACACACAAGGAGAGCGCGGAGACUUUACAGAACCAAGACUCAAAUAUGAUCCAGAUCCUAAAGAAGCGCCUAGAAAGCGCGAUGCAAUCCGAGCUGGAGCUACAACAACGUGAGAUGCAGCACAAAGCACGCCUCGCUACGCUCGAACGCCAACUCAUGCCCUCGGGGCAGGACGAGCCGAAUGCCAAACUGCUUCAGGCAGAGCAAGAGAAUACGGAACGGCUCCGCGGCGAGAUCUCCCUCCUCAAGUCCAAACUAGAAGUGGAACGCACCCGCGCGGGCGACACGCAGGCCCAGCUCGACCACAGCAAGGCGCACGCGCAGAAGGAGCUGGAUGCCAAGACAGAACAGUGCCACGCGUUGAGGACAGAACUGGCGGAGCUCAGAAGACUAAAACAUGACGCUGGCGUGGAAUUACUUCGAGCUAAGGAACUGCUGAAUAUUCAGAGCGGCGCCAUCGCCGAGUUGGAACAGAAACUGGCGACGCAAGCGCAGAAGCAGAGACCUAUCAAUGAUGCUUUGACGGAGAUCGAGUCUCACAAAACGGAGUUAGCCCGCGAAAUAACCAAUCUCCGAGUGUUAGUGACGAGUCCAGAACUGUCCGCCCUGCGCGACGCGAGACAAGAGUUGUCGUCGCGGGUGGACGCGCUGCAGGCCGAGCUGCGGACCACCAACAAGGGCACCGAAGAAAAAGACCAAGCUAUCCGCUACCUCCACAACCGCUGCCUGAAGCUGGAGAGCUGCCGCAAGGCCCUGGUGUGGCAGAAACGGUACCUACAGCGAGUGGUGGCUGGCUACAACGAACUGGAACGCAGUCUGCGCUUAACCCGUGCGCCCGAACAGAGCACUGGCAAGAAGAGAUUCAAAUGCGUGGCUACUUGCGUGAUCGUGGUGCUGCGCAUGGGUUUCCUCGUGCGGCGGCGCGCGCAGCUCCGCGCGCUGUCCGCCGCCGCCAUCCUGCGGCCACGCACCGACAACACACCGUCGUCCCCGAAGCCCACGGACGGCACGCCGGCCUCUCGGCCUCGCACUCGGGCCCGCGACACCCUAGCCCGGCGCGUGCUCGACCACGACCGGACGCUGCACUCCCCCGCUACACCACAGCUGGGUGACCUCAUCCGCCGGUCCUACAGUUCCAACUCACAGCAUGAUGACUCCUUCGGGCUAAGUACACCCCGCGGCGGUGCGUCGGCCUACCUGGACAAGUUGGGCCUCGUGAGCCGCUGCCUCAACCACGCCAUGGACGCCUCCCGCGACGUGCCCUGAUGACGUCACCUCAAGUCACACACGUG